AUGAAGAUCAAGCGUGAGGUCGGUCCGCUGGAUCACCGCAGGAGACGGACUCGCUGUCUGCCAUGCGCCAAAAGGCGUAUCAAGUGUCAAGGCGGUUCUCCCUGCGAGUACUGUACUCGAACCAAGAAACGUUGCCUACCUCAGGCCACAUCUACGACCGAAGUGCACUUCAUCAGCCCUGAAUCCUCUGAAGAAGGCAUGCAAGUCGCUGGACUACCGGCACACGUCAACAUACCUAGCGAUAUACUCUACCUUGACUAUUUUGAUCUCUGCAUGAAGCGCUGUCUGUUUACAGAUGAGUUCAACGGCCUGGCUGCCGACCUCUUACCCCUGGCCCAAACAUGCUUACCGCUCGGGCAAGUAGUGACAGCGAUUGGCGCACUCGAAGCCAGCCGACGCGCAACCGUCAAGUCCUCUCGCGGGCAGCAGCCACCUUACACCGUUGCCUUUGUGUUAUACGGGGAAGCCGUCAAGACGCUCCGAGCUCGACUGCAGGUAUCAAACGCGUUCCGCUGCGGUGGAGUUCUCUGGUGCACGCUACUUCUUGGGCUAUUCGAGUUGAAGUUGAUGACUGAAGCUUCUGGGGACCUGUGGGCCAAACACAUGCUCUACGGGACGGCUAGGAUCAUCCAGAGCGUAGGAGCGACGAGUCAGUCGUGUCAGCUUGACAAGAGACUCUUCGGAGCGUUUAGAUCGCUGGAGGCAAACCGAGCGAUUCUGUACGGCGAAGAUACGUUUUUAUCGCAGGAGCCGUGGUCAAAGUCUCGAGGAUAUCUUGUCGCAAACCCAUCAAGUCAAGUGGAGGCAAUCUUCGACCUCCUGAUCGAAAUCUCUUCCUUUAGUAAAGCGUUCUUCGACCGUAUCGAGUCAAUUCCUGACACACUACGACCUGGGCACCCAGCGAUACACGCUCUAGCUGAGCAAGGUCAACGUUUCCAGCAGCGACUUUACAGCUGGCACGACCAAAUCACACAGUAUUUUGAUCACCGUGAUCCGUAUUGCAUGCUAGCUUUAUCAAACUACAAUGCUCUCCAACUAUUCUUGUCUAGAAACUAUGUCUAUUACGCAUGUUGGGAGGGGCAAGACAUCCCCUCGCUAGCAGUCCAUGAGAUUGAGGCGCAUGUAACCGCUGUGGUAGAUCUGUCAAACCAAAUCCUCGAAAAUUCCAACAUGCCGGGGGUAUUACUCCUGUUCUCUCUCCGAAUGGCUGGAGCAAAUACAAGUCAGUCUUUACAAAGGGAUGAGAUUGUGAGAUUGCUUGACAGAAUAGCAACAAAAGGGUUCGCGGUCUCAGGGAGAAUCAAAAGGGAUUUACAAGAAUUGUGGGAAUACCAGCACGCGGAAAUGGCACGGGACGACAUUUGA